CCAUGGUUCCUGUAGAAAACUGAAAAAGUUUAUGUAUUUAGAUCUCAAAGAUAUAAACAAGUAUAGCUUUUGGACAUGUAUAAAUAAUAUAAUUACUUAGAUUAUGCUUAGUUUAUGUAUUUUAGAUCUCAAAGAUUAUGCUUUUGGACAACAAAUAUUACUUAAAGAAAAUAAUUUCUUCUAUGCGAAUACCAAUAAGAAAAGAAACAAACAAAAAAAAGGUCACUGUUUCUUUGAUUGAUAAGCCAUUACCCAUUUGCCACACCAAUUUUUCCUUGUCCUAUAUUCCCAAAGUCUAUAGUGUUUAUCUAAGAUACCCCCGAAGUAGCUUCUUGUUAAUCUUUCAGAUUAGUGAUCAUAGAAAAAAAACCAGCUCUGGGGUUUUCUUUCUCUUAAUGGCAAGAAUCAUAAAAUCUUGCCUACAAUCAGCUUUGAAAUGUGUGAACCUGAUAAUGGCAAUGGUGGGUAUUGCUAUGAUUUUAUAUGGCUUUUGGAUGGUAAGAAUUUGGCAAAGAGACAUGGGAGGCUCUUCAUUUGAUGAUUUCAAUUCCACUGCUCCAUGGUUUAUAUAUACUUUUCUGGGCACAGGCAUCACCUUAUGCCUAUUAACAUGCUUAGGCCAUAUUGCUGCUGAUACUGCAAAUGGAUUUUGCCUUUUCUGUUACAUGGUGAUUAUCUCAGUGCUUUUAUUGGUAGAAACUGGAAUUGCAGCUGAUGUGCUCUUGAAUUCUGAGUGGGAAAAGGAUUUGCCUGAAGAUCCAACAGGAAGGUUCCAUGAUUUCAAAGAAUUUGUUGAGUCCAAUAUUGACAUCUUCAAAUGGAUUGGCUUCGUUAUUUUCUUAGGACAGGGACUUUCAGUACUAUCGGCUAUGGCAUUGAGAGCUUGUGGCCCUAACCAAUGCUCAAACUAUGAUAGCGACGAAGAAUUCAAUCAAGCUAGGCUUCCUUUAAUAAAUAACCAUCCUCAACAACCUGCUUAUGUUAUUGUAGACCCUCCUUUUGCCAAUAAGAAUGAAGCUUGGAAUAUGAACAAGUAAAGAAAAGGGUGUUGCCAAAUUUUCAUCAUUCACAAAUGAAAGCAGAGAACUCACCAUGACAAAACACAACCAAGCUAUGUAUCCUUGAUGCUCAUGCCAGAAAACAAGUUUCAGCACUGAAUUAAAAAGGUUAAAUCCGUAAAUUCAUGUCGUUUUUUCGUUUUAAAGGUUCUAAUAAUUUGUAUUAUAUAGAUUUUGACACGUUCAUACAUUUGUGUCAUGUGGUGUUUUUUUGUUGUUGUUCUUAUAUUGUAUGCAUAAUUAAGACCCUAUAAAUUGUUGAUGGGUUUUAAGGUAAGAAACUGUCCUGUUAAAUAUGCAAGUGAAAUAGAAAAUAGGUUAAAAUA